AUGUCCACUUUAGCCACCAAUGACUCCUCCACCCAGAUCAGGACCUUGUACAAGGAGAUCACACUACUAAAAAAACUGAUAAGUGAAAAACAAACUGCACAUAGUUCAAAAAAGAAAAAGAAGAAUAAGGUAAGUAAACCCAAAAAUUCCAAGCGAUCCUUUCACAACCCUUCGCUUGUGCAGAAUAGUAGCGCGCCAAGCUCCCAUUCUCCUAAUAGGGGUGUUGAAAAUGGUGUAUCUAAUGCACAACCUCAGCAACAAUGGGUUGUUUCAAGUGAUGGGAAAUCAGUGAUUAGUGCCAGAAUAUUUAGGGGCGAUUUAAACAAAUUGAAUGAACUGUCAAGUAGAUUAGCUCAAGAAGAGCAGAUGGAAAAGGCAAGGGCAAUUGCCAAGUUAAAGAAGAAGUUAGCCAAAUACAAGUACAAGUAUGCCAUGUGUGACCGAGUCUUGAUCAAUGGAGAGAAGUAUUCAGUUGUGGAGAAUGGCUAUAUGCUCUUUCCCUUGACCUAUUACAAAAACGCAGGCGACGACGUUUUCUGGAAUGAUCAUUGGUAUAAGGCUACAAAGUCAGGUUACUACAAAAUGCAAGGUUGCUCAAGAAAGAAACUGAUGGAGGGUUGUCGCUACUUUACAGAAUCAGGAUUUUGUGCAAAAGGUUCAAAUUGUGGAUACAAGCAUGACAAGGCAAGGAUUCGAAUAUGUCCUUUCUUUUUGAAUGGUAGUUGUACAAAUAGCAACUGUUUAUUAAAUCAUAAUCUAAAUCAUCACAACACACCCUUGUGCUACUUUAAAAUGGAGAAGCGAUGUACAAAUUCUCAAUGCAGAUAUAGUCACUUGGCUCCAGAAUAUUCCGGAGAUCCAAACUACGAGAUUAGUAUCUGCAGACCUUUUGCAGUCGGCCAUUGGUGUCCAAGGGGUAGGAAUUGUCCUUUCUUGCACGUUUGGAAUUGCCCAGAUUAUGAUGAAGAGUUGAAUUGUCCUAGAGGUGACACAUGUACAUUGAGACAUUUAUUCACAUUAAGGAUGCAGGACAAUAUAAGCACAAAACCAAAUGUGUAUAUCCGAGAUCAAACUUUGGUGCAAGAAGAAGAGGAGCCGGUUCCGUCCUCUUCAAAAAUCAAUGUCAGCAGUUAUACUGUUGAUCCUAGUGUGUUGUUUGCCACUGACACGAGCGGGAAUUAUCAGCAUUACAUUGACCAAGUGCUAUUUAACAAUAAAAAGAUCGAGCCCGCUCCCUCCACACUGUUUUUGAUAGAAAUUUCGUCCGAUGAAGAAUGUUUAUCUGAGUCAGAAGAUGAAAGUAUAAUGGUGAAAAAAGAAAAGGAUUAUGAUGGAAAUUUUGUAGAGUUUAUUGAUUAG